AUGGCGGUGACGGCGGCGAACCUGUCGACGUUCGGCGGCAUCGCGACGGUGUCGCUCGUGCACUCGCUCAUCCCCACGCACUGGCUGCCGUUCAGCGUCGUGGGACGCGUGCAGAAAUGGACCAUCCACCAGACGCUCUCCAUCACGGCAUUGGGAGCAUUCCUGCACGUGCUAUCCACGUCCAUCCUCGGGUUCACCGCAGUCACCAUGGCACACACGCUCGCAGGGGAGGAGGCAGUAGAAGCCAUCGCCGCCUCCUGUUUUGCCCCCUUCCAACCCUCCCCCCUCUCCCUUACAGCCGCGCUGGGAGCAUUCCUGCACGUGCUAUCCACGUCCAUCCUCGGGUUCACCGCAGUCACCAUGGCACACACGCUCGCAGGCGAGGAGGCAGUGGAAGCCAUCGCGUCCCUCCUCUUGCUCCUCCUCGGCGCCUGCUACAUAGCCCUCUUCCUCCUCACCCGCGGAAAACCCUCCCACUCCCACUGCCACGCGCACGCCCACCUGCCAACAACCAUGGCUGCUGCUGCCGCCGCCACUGCAGCCGCCACCGGAACCUCCUCGCCUGGUGGCUCCGCUGCUGCGUCGUCGAAAAGCGCGAACGCGAGUGGGAAGCCGGAGGGGAUGGAGAGGAUCGCAGUGCUGGGGUUGGUGCUGGUUCCUGCGCUCUCCCCCUGUGCCACGACUCUCCCGGUGUUUCUGGCUAUCAGUGACGCGUCGGUGGGCACCAUGGCCAUUGCAGUGGCCGUGCUGCUCGCCUGUACGCUCUUUGUCAUGCUCACUCUUGUAGCGCUUUCCUUCUACGGGGCUUCACAGGUGAGCUUGCUUUCACAUGUGGCAGCAAUAUAUGUGAUGCGCCCUUCAAGGCUCUCUGUUGCUGCUCGCCUGCACGCUCCUGUUGUCAUGCUCACGCGCGUCGGCCUCUCCUACGGGGCCUCCCAGGUGAAAUUCGGGUGGCUGGAGCGGUACGAGAAGCUGGUGGUGGGAGUGAUCCUGUGCGCCGUGGGCAUUCUCACUCACCUCUUUCACCACCAUGACCACCCACACGGGCACCACUCACACGGGCAUGCAGGGCAUGCGGGGUCUGUGUUUGCACCAGGGCACACUGACAUCAUCACAGCUGGCACCAUGCUGAGCCACCACCACUGA